UUACCAAUAAAGCAAAACAUGGAUAUAUCGGCCAACAAACUGUGUCACGUGGUAGCUCUCCCGUAUCCUGGAAGAGGCCACAUAAACCCCAUGCUCAACCUAUGCAAACUAAUCCUCUCAAAAUCUAAUAAAAUCUUCAUUACUUUUGUGGUUACUGAAGAGUGGCUAAGCCUCCUCAGCUCUGAGCUCAAGCAUCCACCACCUAACUUCCAGCUUGCUGCGCUUCCGCAGGUAAUCCCCUCUGAAACUGAACGUGGUGCUGAUGUAAUGGGUUUCAUCGAAGCCGUCCUCACUCGGCUCCAAGGUCCCUUCGAGCACCUCCUUGAUCGACUUCAGCCUCGGCCAACGGCCAUUAUCUAUGAUGUGAUCAUGAGUUGGGUUGUUGGCGUAGGAAAUCAAAGGAAUAUAGCAUUGGCGUCUUUUGUGACUGUGUCUGCAUCUUUUUUUACUCUUUACAUUCACUUUGAUUUGUUGGUACAAAAUGGUCAUGUCCCUGAUGCUGAUAUCUCAGAAAGAGGAAAUGAGCUUGUGGACUAUAUUCCGGGACUUCUGCCCAUAACUGUUGCGGAUAUGCCCACAUCUUUCCAAGGAGAUGAUGGUAAAAAAGUGCUACACCAAGUGAUUCAAGCAGUUGAUUCUCUAAACAAUUCCCAAUAUCUUUUGACCACAUCUAUCUAUGAAUUUGAAGAGCAAGCUAUCAAUUGCCUAAAAUCAAAAUUUCCAAUGCAACAUUAUCACAUUGGUCCAAUGAUACCAUAUUUCAACCUUACUAAUAAUGGAGAUAAUAAUAGUUCCUCAUACUAUUUCCAAUGGUUGGAUUCUCAACCAAAAGGCUCAGUGCUAUACAUUUCACAAGGAAGUUUUCUUUCAACUUCAAAUGAUCAAAGUCAGGAGAUUAUUGCCGGGAUUAAGGCUAGCAAUGUUCGAUUUUUGUGUGUAACACGUUGUGAUACUACAUUAUUGCUCAACAAUGAUGAAGUCGGAUUAUUUGUACCUUGGUGUGAUCAAUUAAAGGUGUUGUGUCAUCCUUCUGUUGGAGGAUUUUGGACGCAUUGUGGGUGGAAUUCUAUCUCGGAAGGUAUAUAUGCUGGCGUUCCCAUGCUCACUUCUCCUAUAUUUUGGGAUCAAUUACUCAAUAGCAAGAUGAUAGUUGAUGAUUUGAGGAUAGGAUGGAGGGUUGUAAAACAUAAUCAUUUUAAGGAUAAAGUGUUAGUGACAAAGGAAGAAAUAACACAAGUUGUGAGAAAAUUCAUGGACCCUGAAAAUUGUGAGCGGAAAGAAUUACUUAGUAGAGCAAAAGAGUUGAAAGAUACCUUCAUAAAGGCAACUACACAUGGAGGUUCAUCUGCUUUUCAUCUUGAUGCUUUUAUAUGUGACAUUCUUCAACAAGGCUAGCAAAACUCGAAAUUUAUUAAGAAAAAUGGUUAGAAGAGUAAUGUUCAACAUUCUUUUCUUUUAAGGAGAUUAGGAAAAUUAUGUUUAACUAUCUAGUAGGAGUAAUUGUUUCCUUUGAAGUAUUCAACUAUUUGGUACUCCUCUCUUGUUACUCUUGUUAAAGUUUUGUCUUAAGAAGACUCUCUUCUACUUGUAAGAUAGUUAACUAUAUUAUCAAAUAAAUACGGGACUUGUUUUCGUAGGAGUCGAAAAAAAGAGUCGUUUGUAAUUUUUGUUUUUGCUUGUAGUUUUUGAAAUAUAGUUGUUGCGAUAUCUGCUAUGGAUA